CGUAACGAGGCAUCUCCGAGAUAUACGUACUCACCAAUGCCUAUGGGAUGGUUGCCAUCAGACCUUCGAGAGUCACGAGAAGCUUGCCUAUCAUGUCUCAAACAAACACCGAGUCCCUAACGAGUGGACCGUGCUAACAAGGAUGCACUACUGCUAUGAGCACGAUGGAUGGUGCCAGUCGGAACAGCAGUGGGUACAACAUCUUGAGCUACACCAUCUCCCAGAACUCAACAAUUUUUGCGGAUUAAUUCGACUCGAUGGUGUGGUUGUAGUGGCCGCGCAUUGCGUCUUAUGCCUGGGCGAUAGCCACGCGCCCCUGCAGGUUCGCUUUCUGCAAUUUGACAACCCUUGACCUGCACAAGCACAUGAAGGAGCAUCUAGCCCAACUAGAGGCCCCCCCAUCUGUCUGUCCACACCCUCACUGCCAAGACAUGCUUGGCUCUGAAGACAAGUUUUGGAGUCAUGCAGAAACCGUCCAUGGCAUGCCGCCCUUCGGUCCUCGCCGAUCGACAGGAAAGCGCAAAGCGCCAGAAGAGCUGGAGGAUUUGGGAGAGGGCACAGACGACGAUAGCGUGCGAGACGACUCGCCCAAUGGUGAUGAUGAUUUGAUUUGAUUUGAUU